AUGUUAGCAGUUUCGUAUAAAGCGCUUCCGCUGUUCCGCAUCAGCGUGUGCAAACACAAGAGGGACCCGCUGCUCUGCUCAGGUGCCUUCACAGCGCCACCACAGGACGGAGACGAACUGAAAGUGAAAGUAUCCCUGCAACUGGGAAGAAGUCUGUGUAGUGCUCGAGCAACAAGGCGCGACAUCUACCAGUUAAUAAUCAUGGGUCUGAUCCUAAAGAUACUUAUUUACUUGGGCGUAUGUUCAGGUGUGCAGUCUGUCCAUCGCAUGUCAUGGCUGCCUUGCCAGUUCACUGAUGAGCGCGUGUUUCGGAACAAUGAAAAUCACACUGAGACUGAGCUCAUCCACAGAGAGGCUAUGCUGCAGUUUGGUCAGACAGGAGAUGCUCCUGUUAACCCUCAUGCCAUUACUUUCCUGGUCACUGGAUCUAAGUUGGACCUGCGGCGGUACGUAGAGGAAGUGGAACCAGAGCAGCUGGAGUGUGAGCUGCGUAGGUACAGUACAGAAGGAAUCCAUGUCCGCUGGCCAGUCCAGGCGGCUAAGGACUACAACCGCUGGUUCAUCUGCACAAUCAAACACACCAAAGGUCUGUUCACAGCCACCAGCUUCCUCAGACACCCGUCUGACCAACCGCCCUCAGGUCAGCAGGACUACCACAGCUGGUCUGCGAUCGCGGACAGAGAGAUACUCAGUACAACAGCUGUCAUGGUCGUUAAAACACAAUCUCCAUCAGUGAAAGUGGGCCUUGGUGCCCAACAAAAGCUCCACUGCCAGUUUGCUGUUGACCACAAAGGACCGGACGUCACUGUGGAGUGGCACUGGCAAAACCGUGGAGAGAGACUCAGACUGUUCAGCCAUACCAGCCGCUCAGGGCAGACCCAGGGGUCUGGUGUUGGGCUGAAGAGCCUCGCAGGUGGAGAUGCUUCUUAUGCUCUCCCUUUCGCCAAGAUGAGCAGUGAAGGGCUGUAUGUGUGUUCAGUGUCGGUGACUCCGCUGUUCGCCAGUCUGGACAUAAGUCUGCAUAUCGAAGAGGCUCCCCGUGUCUCCCUCAAUGUCGGACCCACUCUCUCGCUGCAGCAGGGCGAGGAGCAGAAGGUUGUUUGUGAGGCGGCGGAUUACUACCCCCUGGAUGUGGAGAUAGUUUGGUAUGAGCAGGACCCGGCAGCGUCAGGCCAGAGGGUCGGCGCUUCGCUCCCCAAGGUGCUCCAGAACGUUCUGCUGUCCAGCCACAGACACAACCAGGACAAGACCUACUCGCUGUCGGCUUUCUUCUACCUGCAGGCUUCGCUCAGGGACUCAGGGAGGCAGUUUACAUGCAGCGUUCACCAUCAGUCGCUCAGAGUGCCCAUCAGAAAGAGCUUCAUCCUGACUGUGGAAGAGCCAAGCAGCUGGAUGUUUACCCUCACUGUUGGCUUCAUUAUGGUCAUACUGCUGAUCAUCCUGUUUGUGAUGCUGCGCCUCCUGCACUCAGCAAGAAAACAAUCUGUGAAGAACAAACCAUACUGAGUGGACAAACAGCGGUGAACGUGGACUGCUCUCCUGACUCCUCCUUCCUCAAUCAUAUUUAUGUCAGAAUGUCUCAGACAUUUGAUUUUGGUUUGUUUUGUUAAAAUGAACACAGGUUUCUGUGAAACUGAAUGUGUUUUUCAUGUUGCAGUGAUUUUGCUGAUGUUAAAAGUAAAUGAAGAAAAAAAAAUAGAUUGGUCCCCUGGGCGAACAGUAAUCGAGACAUUAUUAACUGGUGGAAAUGCAGCAAUCACAUUUUAAAGGUACCAUGUGGAGUUUUGGACUACUAGUAAUAUGACUGUCAAACUGGCCAAAAGUGAUGUUUGAUCACAAACCAUUAGAAACCUCUUUUUGUGCCUGAUGUCCAUCAGAGGGAAAAUCAACAACAAGAGACAGACUGUGUUUAUUAUUUCAACAUAAACAUGUCUUUUAAAAGAUCUACAUACCUACACAUUUAAAAUAAACGAAUAACUUGUG